AUGCACCCUACAGCUCUUUUAGAAGCACAGCUGGCUCUCGGCGAUUCGUUUCUUGCUGAGCUCGAGCAAUUGCGGGGUACCACUUCUGUCAUUAACUUCAACAACACCAAGCAGUUCGAUGCGCUUCUUUCCUAUUUGGAAGCACUGGUAUUGGGCACUUUCACCCUGGUGCCUUCCGUCAAUGUCCUCCACAUUCUUUUCACGCUAGCUGCACGAUGUCCGAAUGCUAAUUGGACACAUUCGCCUUCAUCUAUGGUACCAGAAACCUCAGACUACAUGAAGCUGGUCAAUCGCGACUACGAUGCGGUUUUGGCUAAGAGUCUGCUUCAAGCACGCUCACAUGCGCUUCUUGAGCGGUACCUUAUAUUGCUACAGUCAGAUGUACAUAGUCAGUCUGACAUAUCUGGUGGCAUGCCACAAAAAGGACUGAUGCGGUCUCAUCCAUCCCGAAUAGAGCGAGAGGCUUUGCGACUACUACAUAUUCGUUUUGAAAAGGCGAUAGCCGCUUUAGUGCCUAUGAAGAAAGACUUUUUCACUCGCCGACGUCUGCCAUCACCUCUUCUUUCUACCCCAGAGCAAAUGGCUGUUGUGGAAGUCAUCUCUGACUCGGAAGGACUGGAUAGCCUCAUAGACGAAGAGCCAAUACGUCUGUUCUCUGUUCCUGUUGCUGUCACUUCAUUAUCAGACCUCGGUCGUAAAACAUCUGGCCUCGGAGAAACCACUGCUCUAUUCGAAUCUAUGCCCCAUCUUCUGGCACAUGCUACGCCAGAGCCAGAAAUCCAUGGUGCCAAAGGAGUAAACCCAAAUUUUGAAGAAGCAACGGACACAGAAGCGAAAGCAAAUCGAAAGAGCAAAAUGAAGGAUCGAUCACAUGCGCCAGAAAAGAAGACUGAUGGUCCGAAGCGUAGGGUUUAUGGGACUCAGAAAGAAAAGCGGAGCAAAAAUCUGAAGAAACUAAAGUCUGACUCCUUGAGCGCUGUAUCUUGUCUUCGUGUUUUUGAUGAUGUUGUACUCGCUAAGGCGAUUGAUCCAAACGAUGGAUAUGAUUUCUGGGCUUUGCUUCGAUGGGCUUUUACGUGUGCUGAUGCUUCAUCCCAGUACCAGAAGUUCCUCUUCAAUUCGGCGAAUACCCAUGUUCACUGUAUCUAUCGCUCAUACGAAAGUGUCUUUGAUAUAGUGUUUCGUUUUCUUUCUCUUCAGUUUCAGUGUCAAAACUUUUCUCUACUUGAUAGAGCUCUUCGUCUUAUCGGUCCUCCUCGAACAGUCUAUGAAAGAGCAGUCGAAUAUAUUCUCACAGGCCUCGGCCAGGCUACGAGCUCUACACCUUAUCCGUGCUAUGUUCGGGAAAGACUGCUUCUAAAACAUGACCCCUUGGUUCAGAACUCACAAUGCAAGACCUUUCUUGAAUAUACUGACAAUCAACACUCCAUGCGUUUACGUUUUCGUAUCGCAGUGACAUUAUAUCUUUAUGAAAAACGUGCCGGCAGCAUUGAACUAUUAAUCGCAUUGGCAGAAAAGCUUUUGACCUUAGAUUUCUGCCACUUAAAGUCCUUUUUCGAUACAUAUCCUCUUCUGGAAACUUUGGGCAUUACGUGUUCUGUGGCAACACCUUUUCUAAAUCACUUGGGCUCUAUAUUACUUGACAAGUUGACUGGCUUACAACUAAAUCUCUAUGACACGACGAAAGAUGACUAUGCCCGACUACAGCAAAUCUUGCUGGCAAUUACUUCAGAAAAGGUAUAUUCCAAUAUUUCAAACGACUAUUCCCUUCCGAGCUUUGAUCAUUUCUGGAAAAAAUGGCAAAGUACCAUCUUCCUUUUCCAGUGGCUUUUACUUCAAACUCUUUCGUACGAACAAGUCGAAUAUCCAAUUUCAAUCGUGAACUCCUUGGAAAAAGCUGACGGACAUAUCAAGCAUUUUUAUCACGACUUUUUGGAUAGCCACUGGGACGAUGCAGAUGUCCAGGCCGAAGAUCUCAAUUUUACACUAUCACUGUCGGAAAUUACACAAUACAAACAACGAGAAAUGAUCAGUUACAUGGAUGUUUUCAAACAUAGAUUUCCUAAUGCCGUGAGCACUUUUACAGUGUGA